AAAUUACCACUUUUAUAGUAAAUUCGUUCACUUUACUGGCUUAUAUAAAUCACACAAUAUAUAUAGAACACAAACGGUCUUGUAAUAUUAUUGCCACACCAACUGUUAAGAUGAGAUAUUUGGCAUGGACUCUGGUGGUGAUCAUAGUGUGGGGCUUUUCGGCAAACUCAAGCCUUGCAGAUACUGCGUUAGAAGAAAACCAAGUAGAGGCAAUCGCUGAAGAAGAGGACGCGAGUCUUCCCGAAGAUUUACUCGAGAGCGAGACGGAGGAGGAAGGACUGAACACCACCGGACUUGAAACCCGCCGAAGACACAUCAGAAAACCACAGCCUAAGCCAGCGCCACCGCCAGCGCCAAAGCCAAAACCAAAACCAAAACCAAAAACAAAACCUACAGCAAAGUCAACACCAAAACCGCAACAAAAACAACUAAAACCAAAGCCAAAAAAAGAGGAAACAACAGAUGUUCCAGAUGAAACAACAGAUGUUCAAGAUGAAACAUCUGAUGGUCAAUAUGAUACAUCAAAUCUUGAUGAACGGCGGAACAGUGAUCCAGGAAGGUUCGAUCAGCAGCCACCCAUCCAGGACGCAGUCAAUGUCAGCGGUGCUUGA